AUGUUCGCUAUCGAAUUUUUAAUCUAUCGAAAGCGUCAAAUUGUUUCAACUGUGUUUCUCAUCGUGUGGAUAGGUUCGAUAUUCACAACAGAUGACGUGGAAAUUUGUGAGGUAACCAGUGUGUCCUUUCGACACGACUUCGAGAUAAUUUUCGAGGAAUUCCUUGAGAAAUCCCUCGAUUUUUCGUAUGGAACCCUCAAUAUGAUCCUAUUCGCCGUUCUUCUCUUCGCUCUCCUGAUCUCGUUGUGCAUUUGCUUGUGGGACAUACUUCGUCAGGAACCAGAAUCCACUGAAAGUACAGUACCCCCAACACAAGUGACUCCAAAAGUCGUAGUAGAGGAUCCGAAGAUGAAAGAAAGAAGUACAAGUAUGCCAAUAGAGUCAUCCUGCGUGUCUCUGACUGGGGACAUCGUCGGUGAAAAACCCAGCUUGGAGGAUCCGGUUGCUCCACCAGCUCCACCCAAAGCUGAAAAAAGACUCGGAGCACCAAGAGGACGAACAGAGACACCGGACCAAAAAAGAGUUAGGGAACACGGAGAGAAACGGCGAAAAGAGCACAGGGAGGAUGCGGACCAGGGCAAUUUUCCCAAUAAGGGUCCGAUUUAUAUCCCUAGAGAGCCGGAGUUCCCCCCAGCUGUCGCUCUUCCCGACAACAUUAUUCUGAAAAACGUGGAAUUCGAGCGCAAAUACAACGAGAUGUACGUCAUCGGUUCGGAUGUGGAUGACAUCGAAUUGGAGCCGAGUACAUUGGCCGAAAGCUCGCGAGCCAGCUCAAGAGUCGAUUCGAGAGCCGAAAAAAAGAAGAAGACUACAACGAAAUCAGAAACGAAUACAAAAUCGGAGAAGAGUAAAAAUCAGGAGAAGGGAGGAAAUAAGAAAAAAUCCAAUGAACCCCCAAAAAAGUCGUCGGAGACCAUGCCAGAGAAGAAGCCAUCCAAGGAGACCCUGCCAGAAAAGAAGACGUCGAAAGAGAACGAGAAUGCGACACCUGAGAAGAAGAAGACGUCCCAGGAAUCGGUUCCAGAGAAGAAGGACGCUAGCUAA